AUGGCAAAUUCAUCCAGCUCAACCGAAACAUUCGAAACAUUCGACUUUGAUCCUCGCUUGGCUCGAGCUGUAGCUCAGCUCAACUUUACACACCCAACACUUGUCCAGCAAAAGGUGAUCCCUCUUGCUUUGGCAGGAAAGGACAUUCUCGCGCGUGCACGGACUGGCAGUGGAAAGACAGCUGCAUACUCCAUGCCAAUUGUACAGAAGAUCCUGGCUUCAAAGGAGGCAACAUUGAUUCUUGUGCCUACUAGAGAAUUAGCAGAACAGGUUACUGGACACAUCAACAAGCUGCUCGUAUAUUCCAAUCAGAUCGUAAAGGUUGCCAAUUUGGCUGGACAAGUGGCACCACAAUUACAGAGACCUCUUUUGGCCGAGAAGCCCGAUAUAAUUGUGGCUACACCUAGCAAGGCAUUGGUUCAUCUUGAAGCACAUAACAUGGUUUUGAACGAGUCUCUCGAGAAUUUAGUUAUCGACGAAGCAGAUUUGAUCUUGUCAUUUGGAUACGAAGAUGAUCUUCGCAAAAUCCUCUCAUUUUUACCCAAGAUUUACCAGAGUUUCCUUAUGUCUGCCACAUUCACAAAGGAUAUCGAAGAGCUUAAGGACCUUGUGUUGAGAAAGCCUGUACUUUUGGAAUUGGAUGAGGAUGAUGAAGAGGCUGAACAGCUCUCACAGUAUGUGAUCAAAUGUUCAGAGUUCGAGAAAUUUCUUUACACAUUUGUAAUCAUCAAAUUGCGCCUUAUUAAGGGAAAAGUCAUUCUUUUUGUGAAUGACAUUGAUCGCUGCUAUAAGCUUAAAUUAUUCCUUGAGCAAUUUUCUAUCAAGUCCUGCAUCCUCAACUCUGAAUUGCCAUUGAACUCAAGAUAUCAUAUCGUAGAGGAAUUUAACCGCGGAAUAUAUGAUUAUCUUAUUGCUACCGAUGAAUCAGAGCUCAAGGGCGAGCAAGACAGCGAUGAUGAAGACAAGAAAGUAGAGGAAAAUGAAAAACCUAAGAAGAAGGCCAAGAUCCAGCGUGAUAAAGAGUAUGGUGUAUCGCGUGGCGUUGAUUUCCAAAAUGUAGCUGCUGUAGUCAACUUUGAUUUCCCUACAUCAUCCAAGGCAUACACCCAUCGUGUGGGUCGUACUGCACGAGGCGGUCAACGAGGAAUGAGUUUGAGUUUUGUGGUUACCCGCGAGUCAAUGGAUACAAACAAAGACAAUGCACGCGGAAAUAACUCUCAUGAUGAAGUAGUAUAUAAGCGUGUAGAAAAGCAACAGACAGAGAAGAAGGCAGAAAUGAAGCCUUACACAUUUGAAAAAAAGAAUGUGGAUGGUUUUAAAUACAGAGUACAGGAUGCUCUCAAGGCUGUUAGCAAGAUGGCUAUUAAAGAAGCACGUAUUAAAGAAAUCAAGCGUGAGAUCAUGAACUCUGAAAAGUUGAAGGCACAUUUUGAAGAUAAGCCAAAAGAUCUCGAUUUCCUUCGCCAUGACCAGGCACUACAGCCUAGCAAAGUUCAGGAACACAUGAAGCAUAUCCCAUCAUAUCUUAUGCCUCGCGUAGCAGCACCCAAUGCUCUUGCAGUAGACCAGGCAUCCAAUCCUGUAGCCUCUAUUGGCCCCAAUGUUCCCUUCAACAGUGAUAAACGCCGGAGGGCUGCAGAUAGCAAGACCAACGGAAAAAGUCAUAAGCGAAAGGCUGAUCCAUUAAAAUCCAUCAAGGUCCGUCGUUAA